AUGUCAAGGAAAAGAGAAAGAGAUUCGGAGCAAUCAGCCAUCCCUCUAAAAGCUUUGCUGCCUUUGGACCCCACCCACUGGCGCCCUUGGUCUCUAUUCCUGGGGCUAAUAAAUCCUUGUGAUGUUCAAGCGGGUGAGCCGUGGAAGGGCCAGGGAGAUCCUCCUUUUUCAUAUUCUCUCGAUUUUCGCAAAACAUCCUUUGGCGCCCGGAGGCUCGCACCAGCGCCAGAUCCAUGCACCCGAGCCACAGUGAGAUCAGGAGAGAAAGGGGAGGGAAGGGAAAAAAAAGCGAUCGCCAUCCUCAAGCCGGCUUUGGUCCUUUCUCAAAGCAUUGCGGCUUUACAAGCUGUUGGUAGCAACGGGUUUGCUUGUGCUCUAAGUUAA